AUGGCUCCUACUGGAGCGUUUGAGAGCCAGAAAAACAAGGAACAUCGAGUUCACAAGACAGGAGGAAAGGCAAGUAAACUGAAAGAAAGAACUAAGGUGAAAGGAAACAAUGCCAGGGCUUUCACGUUCAAGUCGGCAGUCGCUGCCAGUAAAGCCAUCAGAAGAGCUGCUGACAUCAAUGAACGAAAGAAGCAUAUCCUGUUUAUGGACAGGAAGCCUGUCGUUCCUCCACCGAUUAUCGUUGCGAUUGUUGGGCCUAACAAGGUUGGCAAGACUACUCUCCUUCGCGGGCUGGUGAAAUACUACCUCAAGAGUGGUUUUGAAGAAUUGAAAGGACCUGUAACUGUCGUAACGGGAAAGAAGCGUCGGGUCCAGUUUAUCGAAGUUAAGAAUGAUAUUAAUCACAUGAUUGAUAUUGCAAAAGUGGCUGACUUGGUCUUACUGAUGGUAGAUGCUUCGUACGGUUUCGAAAUGGAGACAUUCGAAUUCUUGAACAUUUGCCAAGUCCACGGGAUGCCACGUGUGUUGGGAAUUCUCAAUCAUUUGGAUUGUCUGAAGGGGAUAUCAAAGGUUAACAAAGUGAAGAAAGUUAUGAAGCAUCGGUUCUGGACUGAAAUUUAUCAGGGUGCAAAAUUGUUUUACCUCACUGGAAUGAUUCAUAACGAGUAUAAGAAGAACGAGAUUCACAAUCUGGUACGCUUCAUAUCAGUCAUCAAGUUUCGUCCAUUGGUAUGGAGGGACUCGCAUCCAUACAUCUUGUGUGAUCGUUAUGAGGAUAUCACCGAUGUUGAGGUUCUUCGCACCUCUCCUACAGCCGACAGAACUAUUUGCCUUUAUGGUUGGGUGCACGGUGCACAUUUCAAGCACCACAGUGCGAUACAUAUUCCGGGUGUCGGUGAUUUGCGUCUGAGCAGUAUCCCCGAUCCUUGCCCUCUUCCUGAACAGCUGAAACAGCGUGCGCUUAACCAGCAGGAACGAAUGGUGUAUGCGCCUUUUUCUGGUCUUGGUGGUAUCGUCUAUGACAAAGACGCGAUAUAUAUUCAAACCAAAGCUCAUAAAAAUAUGGACGGGAAACGUCAUGAAUUAGUGAAGGCCAUGGAAAAUGUGAAAUCAACAAUUGAUGGAAAGCUCAGUGGAUCAAGAUUAAAACUUUUAGGAAACUCUCUUCCCAUCGAAGGAAGUGAUGGUGAAGAGGUAAGUGACAUGACUGACUAUAUGGCCAUCAGUGGACCUUCACGCGCAUACCGUUCUGAUGAUUGGAACGAACUUACUCAGAAAGCUCUACUUCAGUACUAUCCAAAACAGCAAAUUCGGCUCAAUUGGAUGAAUGAAGUCUACGGAAAGGGCAAGCGGAAUGGCUUUAUGUGGCGUCAGUGUGUUUCUAGCGCUUUCUCUAGUGGUGCACUAGAUUGGAAUAAAGAAGAUACUCGUAUCUCUAUUUCCGAUUGUUUCGUAACAGGGACAUGGACAGAAGAUGAUACAAUCGAAGAAAAACUCAAAGGUGACAUUGACAUGGGCUCAAAUAACGAAGCAGAAGCCGGUGAUUUUGUUAAUGAGAAAGUUGGUGCGUCUGCUCUAGAGCGAGCUGAAACUGCAGCUCGUGAAAGACGUGCUGAAGAAAAGAUCAGAUUGAAGCAGCGAUUCAAUGAUGACUAUGAUGAUUCAUGUAAACACUACAACACUCUCAAAAGUGAAAUGGAGGAGCAAGCUCAACUGAAUAAAAGCAUUUUCGAAGGCAUGGAUGAGAGCGAGAGAGAAAAGAUUUCGUGCUGGUCGUUAUGUUCGUAUAGAAUUAGAUGGUGUAAUGUUUUCUUGGACCCUUUUGUGCGUAUAAAACGUCACCGUUGGUUUGACAGAACCCUAAAAUCUCGUGAUCCGCUGAUAAUUAGCUGCGGGUGGCGUCGAUUCCAAACCAUAGCUAUAUAUUCUAUCCAGGUUACUUGCAAUGGUAACUAUUUCCUUAAAUACUGGCUUCGUAGCCGUACACCAGGAUACCGAAUUGUGGCAACUGGAGUUGUGUUAAAUCUUGAAAAAUCUUCUGGUACUGUUAAAAAACUUAAACUCGUUGGAGUACCCGAAAAGGUGUUUAAGAACUCGGCUUUCAUUAAGGGAAUGUUCAACACACAGCUAGAAGUUGCUAAGUUUGAAGGGGCUAUCAUUCGAACUGUGUCUGGUAUUCGUGGCCAGAUAAAGAAAGGCCUUCAUGAACCCGCAGGCUCUUUUAGAGCUACUUUCGAGGAUAAAAUUUUAAUGAGAGACAUUGUUUUUUUACGAACAUGGGUAUCCGUACCAGUGCCUCGUUUAUAUGUGCCUAUAAUCGACCAUUUGUUGCCUCCUGGAGAUCCCUGGAUAGGCAUGCGAACAGUGGGAAAAAUGCGUCACGAUCUUGGUAUCAAGCCCGAGCAACGGGAGGACUCACUCUAUAAGCCCAUUGAGCGUGAAGAGUUAGAAUCGACACCGCUUCAUGUCCCUAAUAAGCUCCAACGAAGCCUGCCAUUCAAGCUUAAGCCCAUAUAUGAAGAGGAACAAAGAGAGAAAGAACAACUUAUUGUUAGAAACACAGCAGUGAUACUGGAGCCAGAGGAGGCAAAAAGAAAACGAAUGAUGGAUAUGCUUAAGGCCAUUAACAGAGAAACUGUGAAGAAAGCAAGGGCGGUUCGCGAAAAGCAGUUGAGCAAAAAAGCUAAGGAGCAAGCUGAAUUCGAAGCUAAACGAGAAAAGAACAUAAAAGCUCGCAAGAAAGCGAUCUGUCGGGUCUUGUCAAAGCGCGAGCAGUAUCGCCUGAAAAAAAGUCUUAGUCAAGCAUCUGCUACCAGCAGCUGA